UACUUUGAGUCAUAGGCGUGAGCCGCACCGGGGCUGCGGGAAUAAGAUGGCGGGGAAGAAGAAUGUUCUGUCGUCUCUGGCAGUUUAUGCGGAAGAUUCAGAACCCGAGUCUGAUGGCGAAGCUGGAGUCGAAGCGGUGGGCAGCGCGGCCGAGGAAAAAGGCGGACUGGUUUCUGACGCCUAUGGGGAAGAUGACUUUUCUCGCCUAGGAGGUGACGAAGAUGGUUACGAGGAAGAGGAGGAGGAGAACAGCAAACCGUCGGAAGAUGACGAUUCAGAGACUGAAAAACCUGAGGCUGAUGACCCAAAGGAUAAUGCAGAAGUAGAGAAGCGAGACCCCCAGGAACUAGUUGCUUCCUUUUCUGAAAGGGUCCGGAACAUGUCACCUGAUGAGAUCAAGAUCCCACCAGAACCCCCUGGCCGAUGCUCAAACCACUUACAAGACAAGAUCCAGAAGCUGUAUGAGCGAAAGAUAAAAGAGGGAAUGGAUAUGAACUACAUUAUCCAAAGGAAGAAAGAAUUCCGGAACCCUAGCAUCUAUGAGAAGCUGAUUCAGUUCUGUGCCAUAGACGAGCUCGGCACCAACUACCCAAAGGAUAUGUUCGACCCCCAUGGCUGGUCUGAGGACUCCUACUAUGAGGCAUUAGCCAAGGCCCAGAAGAUCGAGAUGGACAAAUUGGAAAAGGCCAAGAAGGAGAGAACCAAAAUUGAGUUUGUGACGGGCACCAAGAAAGGCACCACGACCAACGCCACGGCCACCACCACCACCACCGCCAGCACAGCUGUCGCAGAUGCCCAGAAGAGAAAGAGCAAGUGGGACUCCGCCAUCCCGGUGACGACGAUAGCUCAGCCCACCAUCCUCACCACCACGGCCACCCUGCCAGCCGUCGUCACGGUCACCACCAGCGCCAGCGGCUCCAAGACUACUGUCAUCUCUGCUGUGGGCACCAUUGUGAAGAAGGCGAAGCAGUGACCAGGGGCCACUCUGGAGCCGGGACUUGACUAACUGUGCCCCCAGUGACCUGCCCGCUCGAGGGCGCCACACUGUACAUUGCAAAUCCUGGAGCCUGCUCCCAGGGACCGUGAGAGAGCCUGUGCGAGGCCCGCGGCCAAGGAGCGGGCGCUGUGGCCAGUGUGUCCACACACCACGUGGGGUCUGCCGCCUAUUAAAGCGCCGCGUCCGCGGCCUGGCCUCUCCUGCAGGCUGCUACGUGCGGAAGCCCAAGCGCCCCGCGCCUCCUCAGUGGGGGUCACUGCCUCGGGGUUGAUGGUGGGGUGACAGAAGCCUGUGGCACUGCUAAGCGCAGCCAGGAAGUCACCCUUUUCUCCACGCUGGUCUCAUGGUGUGGCAGGUGGGAGCCCAGGAGGGGCCGAGGCCCCGUGUGCCCCCAUCUGCCGCUCGGACCCAGCCCCAGCAGGGUCUCAGGGGAGGGUGCAGCCGAGCACUCCCCAGACUGCUUCUUUGACAUCGGGCUCUAGAAGUCAGCCAGGCACCACACGACUGGAGUGAGACCCCCGGCUGCGCAGAGGGGAGGCGACGGCACCCGGCCAGGGCUGCGCAGUCCCUUGGUGCCCAGGGAGCUCGGCCGGCAGGGUCUGCGCACAGCGGAGAUGAAUCACCUCCUGGCCAUGCUGGCGGCGGCCUGUUGUUUGUGUGAGAGCCGCUCCUGGGAGGGCCGGCCACCCCGCCCUUCCUCUGUUGUUAUCUCUGCCCCGCAGCGGCCCGGGCAGCACCAGUGGACACCGGACUCCUCUGGGGCCGAACGGCCACCCCCAGCCAAGAGUCUGGGGAAGACUGUUUCCCUUCCUUGCUCUCCAGCGGAAGGGCCGAGUGUCAGAGGAGGAAGCCGGGCUGCCGGGGCCGGGCAGGUGGAGGAACUGCCUGGUGCUGUUGUGUGGCCUGAGGAGUGUGACGACCUCUGCCCUUGAGGGCCCCAAAAUAAACCGAGUCACAAGUGCCCCUUCUCCGCCUUGGUGGUGACUCUGCAGUGCCCAGGACAGAGCUGCUGCCCACUGCUGUCCGUGGUGGCGAGGCCCUGCCCCACAGCCUCCAGCAGGGCCCCGGUGGCAGGGGCUCUGUCAGAUCGCAGCCGGGAAGCAGACAGAGGUGCGGCGGCGUGUGCUGCGCAUGUCUGCUGGCCAGGGCCGUGGGGAGUUGACCACAGCCAAGGCCAGCCCCGGUCAGUGCGCUCUGAGAAUGGACGGGACCUAGGGUCGGGCAGUCCUGAGCUGGGAGCGCUGUCACUCCCUGUGGGAAACCCGAGUUGGCUGCAGGUCCUCUGGCCCCUCUGAACACCUGCAGUGUGAAAUGGCACCACACCGGAUGCCCCGGCUGCUGAGGGUGCAGUUUCCACCCAGAAUGCCCUCCCUCCUGUCCCCUACUCCCAUGGGCCCUACCCCUUCCAUGUGGUUCCGGUCUGGGUGGUGGCUUCGUGAUCCACGCAAGCCUGCAGCUGCUACACUGCCUGCAUUCCCGGUCUCCCCUUAGACGGCAGACCAGCCCAACCCUGCCACACACUCCCCAUCCAUAGCAGAGUCCAGACUGGGCUGUGCACAGGCGGCCGCCAGCUCUGCCACCUCCCUACCGUGUGCCGCUGCCUCUGCCCCCUACCCGUGCAGGGCUUCAGCUGCCCUCACCAGUCACAGCCCUGCUCCAUCCACACCUCGGCACAGGGCCCCUUCGUGCAGACUGACCCCCUGCCCCUGCCCCGGCAGUUAGGGUGCCACCUCUGCUGCUGGCACUCCUGCCUCAGGGCUAACACGUCCCUGCCCUGUCACUGUGGCCUGCAUAGCAGAGGAUGGAGACAGCUGGUGUCUCCUAGCUGGGAGCAGAGACCAAGCCUUGAGCAGCGCUGUGCCCCAAGGUAGCUGGCGUGAGAUGAGCACCUGGUGAUUGGGUAGACAGCAGAGUUGCUCUGUGUUCCCACCGCUGCUGUCACCGCACUGAGUUCCAGACCCUCAGGCCCACGCUCACUGCAUCGCUCAAGCCCUCGCAUGCCUUGACUGGAUGGGUGGUGCACUGGCCGCCCUUCAGCUUCAGCAGUGGGUCCUGGGGCGAGCAGGGGAGGUCUCUGAUUCUAAUUUCUACAUGUUUGGAAUCUGUGAUAAGAGAUUUUUUUUUAAGGGUUAUUGGACCAUAGAAGAGUACAAGGAAGGACUCUAUGGACAGAUUGGGAGUGAUCCUCAGUAGAGAUUAGAUGAAAGCCAGAGCGUGGAACGUGCUUCGUGUGAGAAGUACAGAGACGGGAGAUACCAGAGGUAAGAAGGGAAAUCCCUAGGUUAAAUUCGAAUUAGAAGGACCAGGCCUUGUGUCGCAGCAAGUUCAGCCACCACCACUUGAGAUGCGUAACAGCCCAUGUCAGAGGACCGGUUCGGGUCCCAGCCACUCCAUCUCCACUUCCUGUCCAUCUUCCUGCUGGUGCACACCCUGGGAGACAGCAGAGGAUGGCUCAAGGACUAAGUCCCUGCCGACCACGUGGAGACCACAUGGAGUUCCCGGCUCUGGCCUGGCUUGGCCUGGCCCUGGUAGUGGGCGUUUGACAGUGAACCAGCAGAUACUCAUCCUCUCCCCCCCCCCCCCCAUCACUCUACCUUUCAAAUAAAUGAAUGUGUCUUUUAUUUAAAAGGCAGAGAUACCUUCCAUCGGCUGGUUCACUCCCCAGAUGACCACAGUGGCUAGGGCUGGGCCAGGCCAAGACAGGAACCUGGAACUGCACCCUGGGAGGCAGGGACCAAAGCACUUCCCAGGCACGUUAGCAGGAGCUGGAUAGGAAAUGGAGCAGCCAGGACUUGAACUGACGCUCAUAGGUGUGUCAGCCUCACGAGCAGUGGUUUAACCCACCGUGCCACAAUGCCAACCGCAAUGAAUAUAUCUUUAAAUAUAUGUAUAGAGAGUUUAUUAUAUACAUGACAUUUCCUUCUCUGUGCCAUCAGAAGCAAUGACAGCCAACAGCACUGCACGUACAUGGUGACCAGACCUUGGUUACUCACAUAAAGGGCUCCUUGGAGAAGGGGCUGAUCUGGAAACCUUAGGGUUUCCCCGUAGCCACAUAAUGAUGCUUGAAGGUGAGGAGAGAGUGACUACAAUGAAUUAGAAGAUGGAAGUCCCUUCCCCCUUGGUGACAUUUAAAAGAAAAAGCAAUAUAAGAACAAACUCCUCACUCAAGCUGUGAAAGACUGACCCACCCCUCUUUCAGGUCCUCCCUUCCAAGAUGGCAAAGACAAGAACAGGGGCCGAGGCCAUGGUGUAGCUGGGAAAGCCACCACCUGCAGUGCCAGCAUCCAUGUGAGUGCCAGUUGGAGUUCUGGCUGCCCUACCUCCAAUCCUCCUCCCUACUGCUGCACCUGGGAAGGCAGCAGAAGAUGGCCCAAGUCCUUGGGCCCCUGCACCUGCGUGGGAGACCGCAAGUGGCUCCUGGCUUUGUGUUGGUCCAGCUCCAGCUGUUGCGGCCAUCUGGGGAGUGAACCAGCAGAUGGAAGACCUCUCUCUGUGUCUCUCCCUCUCUGUAACUCUGCCUCUCAAAUAAAUAAAUCUUUAUUUAAAAAAA